CUAACUCCAUCUCAGACUUUGCACCAACAGCAACAUGGCCCCAGCUUUCAGGACACAGAUAUAACCAGUCUGAACCAUGAAGGCGUGUCAGCACCUGCAAAACAUAUAUAGAGCAUUCACAUGCUGCAGAAAGUGAAGCUGCAGGCUGAAGCACAACGCUGAUGAAGAUUUGGUGACUGCAGCCUGUGACCAACAUGGAAAGAGUCAAACAAGCCCCAGAUGUUCCCAUUUUCCAGUCUGGCCACCAAAAUCACAGUGACCUGGACUCUAUGUUUACGCUGCUGGAGGAUGAAAUCGUUGUCUUCGUGAAGAAUGAGCUAACAAGGAUGAAGAAUUCUCUGAAUCCAGAAUUCUCUGAAUUGUCAGAAAGUCCAAAUGAGGACGAGGAGCAAAGGAGCAGAAGGGAAGCAUUUCUGAAACUCACAGUGCACUUCUUGAAUAAAAUGAAUCAAAAGGAACUCGCUGCCUGUCUGCUGAGCAAAAACACUCAUCCACACUUUGGGUAUAAACUUAAAUCUGACUUAAAGAAGAAGUUACAGCCUGUGUUUGAGGGGAUUUCUAAAGCACGAAACUCCUCCAGCCUGAAUCAAAUCUACACAGAGCUCUACAUCACAGAGGGCAGGAGUGGAGAGGUCAAUAAUAAACAUGAGGUCAGACACACUGAAAGAAAUGUCAGUAAAGGUGAAACAACAAUCAGAUGUGAAGACAUGUUUAAAACAUCAACUGCAAGAGACAAACCAAUCAGAACAGUGCUGACAAAGGGAGUGGCUGGGAUCGGGAAAACAUUCCUGACACAUAAGUUCACUCUGGACUGGGCUGAAGGCAAAGCUAACCAGGACAUAAAGUUGAUAUUUCCAUUCACAUUCAGAGAGCUCAAUCUGCUGAAACAUAAAAGGUUCAGCUUGGUUGGACUUGUUCAUCACUUUUUUAGUGAAAUCAAAGAAGCAGGAAUCUGUAACUUUGAAAACUUCAAAGUUGUUUUCAUCUUUGAUGGUUUGGAUGAGUAUCGAUUUCCUCUGAACUUCCACAACACUGAGAUGCUGACUCAUGUUGCAAAGUCUGCAUCAGUAGAUGUGCUGCUGAUAAAUUUAAUCACUGGGAAUUUGCUUCCUUCUGCUCACUUGUGGAUAACCACAAGACCUGCAUCAGCGGGUCAGAUCCCCUCCAAAUAUUUAGAUGCUCUCACGGAGGUCACAGGGUUCAGUAACCCACAGAAGGAAGAGUACUUCAGAAAGAAAUUCAGAGAUGAGAAGCAGGCCAACAUCAUGAUCUCUCACAUAAAAACAUCAGAAAGCCUCCACAUCAUGUGCCAGAUCCCAGUCUUCUGCUGGAUCACUGCUACAGCUCUGGAAAACCUGUUAAAAAGCAGUGAGGAAAGGGGAUUGCCCAAGACCCUGACUGAGAUGUACAUCCAUUUCCUGGUUGUUCAGACCAAAGUGAAGAAUAUUAAGUAUGAUGGAGGGGAAAGGACAGAUCCUCACUGGACUCCAAAGAGUACGAAGAUGAUUAAAGCACUGGGGAAACUGGCGUUUGAGCAGCUGCAGAAGGGCAACCUGAUCUUCUAUGAAUCAGACCUGACAGAGUGUGGGAUUAAUGUCAGAGAAGCCUCAGUGUACUCAGGAGUGUUCACACAGAUCAUUAAAGAAGAGAGAGGGCUGUACCAAGAGACUGUGUUCUGCUUCAUCCAACCGAGUGUUCAGGAGUUUCUGGCUGCUCUUCAUGUCCAUCUGACAUUCACCAGCUCUGGUAUCAACCUGCUGGAAGAAGAGCAAACAGCCUCAAUACAGGCUGAAGAGUCUUUGGCAAUACGUUUCUACCAGGGUGCUGUGGACAAGGCCUUACAGAGUCCAAAUGGACACCUGGAUUUGUUCCUUCGCUUCCUCCUGGGUCUCUCAAUGCAGACCAAUCAGACUCUCUUACAAGGCCUGCAUUGAGAGAUACAGACAGGAAGCAUCCAAGAGACCAAUGAGGAAACGGUCCACUACACAACAGUUCAAAAGUAAGAUCAGCUCAUCUGCAGUUCUGUGGUUUCCCCAUAACAGACAAGAAGGUUCUGGGUUCAAAUCCACUGGAAACUUUCUGUGUGGAAUUUAUAUGUUCCCAUCAUGUCAUUAGUCAACUGAUGAUUUUGACUUUAUACAUAAAAUCUGCCCUGGUUCUCAAGUUUCUGCACUGGAUGAGUUGGAAAACUACUGAAUCAACAAAAACAGUAUCAAGUUUUUCUCUGCAUAUGUCAGUCAUCCAUGAAAUGUUUAAAUUUAAGACUAACCCAUUAUAAUGAUUU